GUAAAACAUGGUUGAACUUCAACGACAGUACUUGAGUUUAAGGAACAAAAUCUGUCUCUUAAUAAAACAAAGCAAGAACCUUAACCAACUCAAACAAAUCCAUGGCCAAAUCUUAACAACAUCCUCACAUUUUCACUACAGAGAUCGCCAUUUUUUAAUUUCUCGUCUGCUCUUCUUCAUUGCUCUUUCAAAUUCUUCCUCUGUUUCCUACGCUACAGAGAUUUUUCAUUGCAUAGAGAAUCCAAAUCUUGCAAUGUACAAUAUAAUGAUCAGAGCCUACGCUUCUAAAAUCAACGGACAAGAUUACUUUUCUGAUGCCCAUCCGCAUCAAGCUUUUAACAUAUACAAGCAAAUGCUAUAUAAUGGCAUCUCCCCUGAUUUCCUUACGUUUCCAUUUCUAUUAAAGGAAUGCACGAGGAAUUUAGCUGUAGGAGCUGGUAGUUCUGUUCAUGGACAUGUUGUGCAGCUUGGAGUUUGUACUAACCUCUUCGUUCGAAAUUCGUUGAUAAGUUAUUAUUCGGGUUGCGGGUGUGUGAAUAGUGCACGGAAGGUGUUUGAUGAAAUGUCUAACAGGGAUGUAGUUUCUUGGAAUUCUAUGAUUAUUGGGUACUUGAGAAGUGGAGGUCUUGACGAGGCGUUGGAUUUGUUUAAAGAAAUGAAGUAUAAUGGAAAUGUUAUAACUUGGAAUUCGAUUAUUACGGGGUUUGUUCAGGGCGGCAGGCCGAAGGAGGCAUUAGAAUUUUUUCAUGAGAUGCAGUGUCUAGGCAAUGAUAAUGGUAUCAGUAAAAUCAGACCAGAUAAGGUUACCAUUGCUAGUGUACUUUCGGCUUGUGCUUAUCUCGGUGCUAUUGAUUACGGGAAGUGGGUGCAUAGUUACUUAAGGAGAAGUGGCUUAGAGUGUGAUAUGGUGAUCGGGACUGCAUUAGUGGACAUGUAUGGUAAAUGUGGUUGUAUAGAAAGAGCUUAUGAGGUCUUUAGGGAAAUGCCUGAGAAGGAUACUUUGGCAUGGACGGCUAUGAUUUCAGUUUUCGCGCUUCAUGGAUUUGGUAAAGAGGCUUUUGAUAUGUUCAAAGAGAUGGAAGCCGAAGGAGUGAAGCCUAACCAUGUCACUUUCGUCGGAUUAUUGUCAGCUUGUGCUCAUUGUGGAUUAGUAAAUAUGGGUCGUUGGUGUUUAAAAGCAAUGAAAAGCAUUUAUUCAAUCCAGCCACAAGUUCAUCACUAUGCCUGCAUGGUUGAUAUACUUGGCAGGGCUGGGUUCUUUGAAGAGGCUGAGGAACUUAUUAGGAACAUGCCGAUGGAGCCUGAUGUAUUUGUUUGGGGUGCCUUAUUAGGAGGAUGCCAAAUGCACGGUAAUGUACAAUUAGGGGAAAAAAUAGCACAACAUUUAAUUGAGUUAGACCCUCGAAACCAUGCUUUUUAUGUGAAUUUGUGUGAUGUAUAUGCGAAAGCCGGUAGAUAUACAGAUGCAAAAAGAGUAAGAGCUUCAAUGAAUGAACAAGGAAUUAAGAAGGAAAUCCCUGGCUGUAGCAUGAUUGAAGUGAACGGAGUUCUUCAUGAAUUCUCAGUAACAGGUUCGACUAAUGUUGUAAUGGAGGAACUAACGGGUGUUUUGACUGCAUUAAGUAAUGAGUUGAAGAUUAAAGGUAAUCUACAUUGAUGUUUAUGAGUGCAGUCGUAAUUGAAUCAUGAUCCUCUUGUGAUCAAUUUCUGCUGCUUCAAGAAAAGACAUUUUCUUUAGAAGUGAGAAAACCAACUGGAGUGGAGGUUACAAUUUCUGCUGCUAACUCCACAGAAUUGAUUACUGAAGCAGCCAUGGACAAGAGGCAGUACCUUCUUGCUGCUCUUAUGGAAACUCUGAGACUUUAUCCGGAAUCAAUGGUACGCGUGCAACCUUAAUUCCUCAUAGGACGGCAAGAGUGUGGCAGAGGAUGAUAUUCUCCCUGAUGGUUGCAGAGUGAGAAAAGAAGAUGGUGCAACUUACACCAUGUAAGACCCUAUAAUUUAAUUUAAUUUCUGUCGUAAUUCUUUUUCCGAAGGUCGAUUGAGACAGAUUAGGAUCAAUUGCUCUAAGCUGCAAUGCAAGCAUAUUUCAUUUGCUUA